AUGAAGUGCACCGGCGUGGCGGGCGGUGGGCCCCCCUCCAGUGAGCUACUGCUGGGUGCCUGCUGGUUCGACCCGAAGCACGAGGCCUCUUCUCCCCCUUGCCACGAGCUUCUCGACUCUCUACUCGCUCCUCCACCCCUUGCGGAACUUAAACCACUCCCGCCAUUUACUGGCUACACUGGACACCUCUCUAUUAAUGGAAUCUCCGGUCAUCACUUCCAUGCUAUUGCUCAACGUCUUCCAGAAGAGAACAAUAAUUACCCUACUCAGAGUGGCUACGGUGAUAAUGAGGUCGUUUCGUCUUCCACUUGCGCUACUGACUCGGAACCACCCGACUUAGAGGACGUCAAACCGUUUCCCUUAGAUGUAUCUGAUACAAAACCCUUUGCAGAAUCUUCUGGCCCAGGAGCGCCCGAUUCUUGUGCUCAAUCUUGCUCACCACCAGCUAAACUCUUCGAUGAUGCUCCUAAACAAGAAAUGUAUGACCUAAGUUCAAUAGAAGAUAUUGCGGCUAUCAUAGGAUCUGCUAUCGCAGACACUACUGUUCCAUCCCAACCAGAGGACCCCGAGAGAAACGAUUCAAGAGAUAGCUGGAUGGACAUAGACAUGACCUGGAUAACUAGCGCCACCAGUCAACAAGGGGAAAAAAUGCCAAUCACACAAGAUCUUUCAGACUUGGGUCUAUCGAUCUCUCCACCACCCACCCAAGGGAAUCACCAAUCUGGUUUAGAUUAUCCUAGUAAAAACCAUAAGUAUUCAAAAACCCAAGAGUUUUUUCAAAACAAUUUUGGACAAGCAGGGUCAACGCUUCAGAAUUUACUAACUCAAGGUUAUAUGCCGUUGCUUCAAAAUCGCUUACAAAAUGGCCCACCGGUAAAACAAGAAGCGCCCAGCUCGACUAGCUAUGGAAUGGAGGUGAUAUCAACAUCUUCACCUCCUGGUAAUGCCGUUUCAACGACAGAUGGAGUGGGUGGCCUGUUGAACGGAAGAUAUGGUUCCCAUUACGGACUGAGUUUGAAGCCGGAUGGUCUUUGCAGCCCUGACAGAUUAAUGGGUUAUCCUCACGCUCACACUACAACGAUAACUCCUUCUAGUAAAUCAAAACGAAGUCGAGCAAAGGCAAAACAAGGAAACAAUGGCGCAAGUUUACAUGGAAGUUCUCUGGCAUUUUCCUCGGCAACCUCUGCUGAGCUAAGCGGGCUUUUAGGAAAAGAGAAACCGGUGCAUAGGUGCGGGAUCUGCAAUAGAGGGUUCUUGAAUAAAUCUAAUAUUAAAGUGCAUCUUCGAACGCAUACUGGAGAGAAACCAUUCAGAUGCGACGUAUGCGCAAAGGCGUUUAGACAGAAGGCUCAUCUGAUAAAACACCAGCAAAUUCAUAAACGGAUCGGAAGAGACUGA